AUGGCUUCAAACAGGUUAUUUUUGUCAGCAGUACAUGGACACAUUUCGGGACAAGCAUCAAGAGGUUAUACAUGCUCUGAGAAAUACGAUUGGCAAAACUUAAGCCUUCAUCAAAGUGGGCAAUCAGCAAGGGAGCAACCCUAUCAUGUUGCAACCCAGCACUUCCCUCUGCAUAUGUCUAGCAGGGUAAAAGAUUCUGUGUCUGCUACUGAAAUUUCGCCUAUGUCUAGAUGUUUUGAUUUACAUAGAACUGGAGGAGAAAUUGUGAACAAUAGAUGUUGUAGCUUUGCUAUGUGUGGUGUAAAGAGGAGCGAGAGAAGCCCUCCCUGUGAUCAUGUUCGUCAUCAUGCAAAAGGAGCUGGCAGACAAAUACGUCAAGCAGGAAGUUGUAGAAAGAUUUUUUCUGAGAUAGAUGCAGCAUGUCAUUGGUCUUACAUGCGCAAUUUCCACUCUCCCAAUAAGCAUGAUAGCCACUCUCGGGAAGAUCCUAUAUUUAAUGUUUCUGUUCGCACCUCACAUGGUCGAUCACGUCGAAGGGAUGAAAUAUUAAGAGCUCGCCCUAAGAGGCCAAUUGAUGAGUUCCAUCCCAUUCACCAUGAGCAACUUGAGCUUUAUCCCAAUGAAGAUUUUCAUGAAAGUUUGGAUAGCAGUCGAAAUUUCAGAAAUACUAAUAAUGGCAAGAUGGUUAAAAGGAAAUGUAUAAAACAAGGUUUUCGUAAAAACAUUUACAAUGGUGCUCGCGCUAGCAAAUAUGGGAGAAACAGUUGUCAGGAAAGGAAUGCAGAUCAUUUGGGUGGAAAGAAAGCUAUGAAGAAUGUGGAUUGCGAGGACAAAUCUAAAAGACUUUGUUGUCCCAAUGAGCUGGACCAGCAACCGCCGGUUGAGUCUGACAGGAUGAGAAAUGGUAGUCGAGAGGGAAAUGCUGAAAUAACAAAGUUAGUGGGUCAAAAUGGAGCAAAAGGGAACUGCAAUCCAAAGAAGAAUGCUCUCACAGCUCCUGCUUUGAGUGGCUCAACAAAAUGUGAUGAGAACUCAAACAUGUUAAGUCCCAAGUACAGCAACAAAACUAUUGCUUCAUCGAACACACCAAAACUGAGCGAAGGAAGUAAUGACAUGGAGCUAGAAUCCGACAAGCAGUACAAUGUCAAUGGUUGCACUGAAAGAGGUACUCUACAGCAUCUUCCAGUCACCCAUACAGAGAAGAGUGUACAACCAACAGAAUCAGAUAAUCUUUCGCACGCUGAGGUGCUUCGUCGCGAUUGUUUGAACCUGUGGAGAGCAAGACGAUUAAGAAAGGACAGUGCUGCUGUGGCUGAUAAAAUUGUAAAAGUUGAUCAACAGACUGUGCAUAGAAGCAAGGUAUCAACCAGUGGAAGAGUGAGAAAUGGAAGACCUGCUACUUGUGCUAGCUCAGAAAGUAAUGAUGAAGAUGACAGUGCAUCAAAGAGUUCUGAUCAAUUUAGUACUGCAACGUCAUUGGAGGGACUACAAAAGUGUGGUGAGGUAAGAGCUAACAAAAAGUUACAGCAGUCCCUCAGGUUUCCUAGUAGCUGCAAAUGCAACCAAAGCUCUCAAAACACAACAGCUGAGAAAGAACUUAUGUGUACUCUGGAGCUUCCACCUGAAGCAAAUCCUGGUGAAAUUGCACAUCAGAAAAAAGAGGAGAAACUUCUAUGGUGUCAAGUAUCGACUGAUCAUCCAUAUGCCAAGGUGCAAGUUAGUUGGAAUGGUUCUGAUACUAGCAAGGUGGAGCAAGCAGCUGGUUCUCUUUGUGAUAAAAGUGCGCAUCAGAAUAUUUCUCAACAGGAGUCAAAUAAUGAUAAUUUGGAUGCAGGGAGCAAAGGUACACUAGGUGUAAGAUGUGAAAAGAAAGCAGAAGGCAAUGGUGCCAAAUGGGAUGAACAAAUUUAUAGUUUGUGUACUGGUUCAACAUUGCUGGAUCAAAAGACUGUUGCUCGUUGUUCAAUGCAUGGCAUUUUGAAGGUAAAUUCACCAAAAUCUCCAAAUCACGAGAGUGGAACUACUCCAUUUGAUGGGUCAAUAUUGGAUAGAGGAGCUGUAAACAAGUGCCAAAAAAAGCCUGUCAAUCGGUCCAGUCAAAGUUAUUGUAGUGAUUUCAAAAAUUGGUUGAAUAGAAGUGAUUGUAGAGACAACCAACAGGAAACCAUGAAUCUUAAUAUUUUAAGAAAGAAGCAAGAAUGUUCAGCUCUGGCAGCCUCUGGAAAUGAGGUGAACCAGAAAGCAGCAAAGGAGGAUUGCCAGCCUCAAGCUCUUAGGGUUACAUCAAAUCAACAGAUAUCCCAUCAUUGUGUUACUGACACAAUAAAUUCUGGGACUGCUAACCGAGGUGAUCGGAUUCCAUGCUCAUCAAUACCAGACUUAAAUUUCUUGCCUGGUAUGAUCGGCGAUGAAGAUUUUGUAGCACCAAAGGAUCCGGUUUGUCAGGUAACUGCAGAUGGUUUCAAACCUCAGAGUGUUACUGAGAGCAUUUCAGCUUCGUUAACUGGGCCCAUCGUGAAGGAAGAGCAGUUUAAGCAAGCUGAGCCAAAUCAACUCAUCAGAGAAGUUUGCGGAAAGGGUGCCUCUGAAGCUGCAAAUCAGUUGCAGAUCUCUGAUUCAAAUACUGGGCCUCCACUACGAAGCACAGUUGAAGAAAGUAGCCCAUCAAUCGAUGCAUUCAAGUCUGCCCUGUGCGAAUUUAUCAAAAAUAUCGUAAAGCCUCUGUGGGAAGAUGGCCUGUUAUCCCGAGAAGUCCAUAAAAUUGUAGUGAAGAAGGCUGUGGAAAAGGUAGCUGUCACGUGGGCCUCCAGUGCCCCGGCAACAGAAAUGGCCAUUUGUAGAAUUUUAUCUGAUGAAUCCAAAAAUAUAGAGCAACUUGUUCAGGGCUACUUGGAUAUGUACGUGGGAAAGGAAGUUCUUAAAAGAAUCACCCCUGGUCUAGUUUCUGAGCGGUCCUGCAAAACACCGUGCAGCUCCGAUGCGAAUUUUGUGGAGCGCCGUGGAACGACUAUGAUCGGGGAAGAUCCUCAAAAAAGGAACGGGGAAUUGAGGAUUGGGGAGGGGAGCAAUUACCUGUCGUUGGCCGUCCUGCUGAAUGCCGACUUUGAGGCAUAG